CACCUUUCCUUGUUAUUUAUUUAUAACCCUUUUUAACCAAAUUUCAGCUUUACCUCAAAUUAGCUGAUCAUCUAAUUAGCUUCCUUAAUGGCAAGGGCUAUCUAAAAGUAGGUGAUUACAAAAUAAACAACAUUCCAAGCAAUACAUUAACUAGGUUAUUAAAUUACAAACUGGAAGAUGUGUGCAGCAGUUCACCCAGCACCCAAUGAUGACUUGUAUGCAGGAUUUGAUGAUGUGCAUCCUGCUUUGGACAUAAAGCAUCUUCAGCAAGACCCCAACUUUCAAGAAGCUGUGCGCACCAGCUAUGGCCGCAGACCUCCAACACAGAGUAGGGCUCCCACUGGGCUAGGGCGCCUCAGUACUGCCCUGCCUGGAGGCACAGGACAAAAAACUGGCAUUGGGUUGGGCACAGCAGGAGGCAGUGCAGGUGAUGGUCUGCGUCGGCCGAUGACGAGUGUGAUGGGCACUGGCUACUCCUCCCAGCAGACACUCUUUGACCCCAUGAACCAGACCAGCAAGGGGCCUGCACCACCUCUGCUCUCCAAGGCUGAUGAGAGUCCUGAAGCACAACUGAAGGCGUCGGAGAAGCGCAUCACGGCGCUGGUGGAGGAGAGUUGCCUGGCGAUGGGUCGGGGCGACCGUCGGGCGGCCCUGGAGCGCGCCAAGGAGGCGAGCAGCAAGGAGCGCUCGCUCAUCCGACAGCGCGAGCAGGCCGGCCUUAAUGACGCUCAUAACCUGGACCUCACCUUCUCAGUGCUCUUUAAUCUGGCCAACCAGUACGCGGCAAAUGAGAUGUACACGGAGGCUUUGAACACGUAUCAGAUCAUCACCAAGGAUCGCAUGUUCAACAACUCAGGCCGCCUGCGCGUCAACAUGGGCAACAUUUACUUCAAGACCGGCAACUACGCUAAGGCUAUCAAGUACUACAGGAUGGCCUACGACCAAGUCAACAACACCAAUAAAAACCUCAAGAUCAGGAUCAUGCACAACAUCGGGCUGGUCUUCAUCAAGAUGGGCCAGUACAGCGAGGCGUGCACGAGCUUCGAGUACAUCAUGCAGGAGCAGCCGAACUUCCAGACGGGCCUGGACCUGGUGACGGCGCACUACGCCCUGCGCGACAAGGAGAAGAUGAAGAAGAGCUACCUCAGGCUCCUCGACUGCGUCCUCGACGUCGACGACGAUGAGAAAUAUACCGCCACUGCUGACGACGCGCACGGUAACCUCAUCCUGGAGGUGAUCAGGAACGACUCGCUGCGUAAGGUGGAGCGCCAGCUGCGGCAGGAAGCUGAGCGCGCCAUCCUUACCGCAGCCAAACUCAUCUCACCCGUCAUAGAGGAGGACUACAGCGCCGGCUACAACUGGUGCGUGAAUGCGAUCAAGAACUCAGCUUACCCUGAGCUGGCGAGCGACCUCGAGAUCAACAAGGCCGUGAUGUUCUUGCGCCAGAAGAACUUCAGGGAGGCCGUCGAUACCCUGAAGAUGUUCGAGAAGAAGGAGACUAAAGUCGCCAGCACCGCCGCCACCAACCUAUCGUUCCUCUACAUCCUCCAAAAGGACCUGAGUCAGGCAGAGUUGUACGCGUCUCAGGCCCGGGACAGCAACGGCUACAACGAAGCUGCUCUCGUGAACCUCGGCAACGUCUGCUACCUGCGCGGCGACUACGAGAAGGCGCGCGAGCUCUACCUCGCCGCCCUUGACAUCGACGCCGCUGCUGUGGAGGCCCUCUACAACUUAGGCCCUCUACAACCUCGAAAGGCCCUCUACUGCCUCGUAAAGGCCCUCUACAACCUCAGGGAGGCGCUCUACAACACAGUUGAGGCCGUGUACAACCUCGUAAAGGCGCUCUACAACUUAGGUGAGGCCCUCUACUGCCUCGAUGAGGCCAUCCACUGCCUCAAUGAGGCCCUUUGCUGCAUCGAUGAGGCCCUUUACUGCCUCGGUGAGGCCCUUUACUGCCUUGAUGAGGCCCUUUACUGCCUCGAUGAGGCCCUAUACAACCUAGGGGAGGCCCUCUACUGUCUCGAUGAGGCCCUAUACAACCUAGGGGAGGCCCUUUACUGCCUUGAUGAGGCCCUAUACAACCUAGGGGAGGCCUUCUACUGCCUCGAUGAGGCCAUCCUAUGCCUCGAGGAGGCCCUUUACUGCCUCGAUGAGGCCCUUUACUGUCUCGAUGAGGCCCUAUACUGCCUCGAUGAGGCCCUAUACUGCCUCGGGGAGGCGCUCUACAACACAGUUGAGGCCGUGUACAACUUCGUAAAGGCGCUCUACAACUUAGAAUUGAUCGCCCACCUCUACCAGAUGAUGGGGGACAGCGAGCAGGCCUCUGAGUGGUACCUGCAAGUGCUGUCGCUGGUGCCCACAGACUCCCACAUCCUCGAGCGCCUCGGCCAAAUAUUUGAUGGAGCAGGCGACAAGCAACAGGCUUACCAGUACUACUUUGACUCGUUCCGCUACUUCCCGAGCAACCUAGACGUGAUCGACUGGCUGGGGUCGUACUUCAUCGAGCUGCAGUACCCAGAAAAAGCCAUCGAGUAUUUCGAGCGCGCCGCCCUCAUGCAGCCAGACGACCCCAAGUGGCAGCUCAUGGUGGCAGCCUGCCACCGACGUGCCGGCGCCUAUCAUAAGGCCUUCAGCACAUACAAGCUCGUACACAUGGACUUCCCUGAGAACAUCGAGUGUCUGAAGAUGCUGGUGCGUCUGAGCAGCGACCUGGGGCUGGCAGAGAGCGGCCAGUACGCCAUGGAGCUGAAGAAGGCGGAGCAACUCAGCCUCCAGAGGGAGACCCGCGCCGCUAGCUCUGGCCCAGGGUCACGGCGGUCCUCAUCGCGCGCCUCCCGCAGCGGUUCCGCCAUGUCAGGAAUAGACGGCGCUAAGAGCCCCAUGGACAGGGCGGCGAGCUCGCGCAGCUACGGUGGGGUGCGCAGCUUCCCAGGCUCCGCCGUGAGCGGCCGCGCCACGCGCCUGUCGCUCGAGUCCGACGCUCCCGGCCAUCUCCCCGCCACCAAGGAGAUCGACGUGAGCUACCAAGACCCCGUGGGACCCAUUCCUGAGAGGCCCAGGACGAGCAUGAGACGUGACAAGCCCGACGACGACUUCGGGGACGACGAAUUGGGUGACGACCUCCUGCCCUAAAAUGGGGACUUCUCAAACCACUGAAAUAAUGA